ACAGCCAGUAAGUUCUAUGUAGUGUGAGACCCUACAUCGACAUCACAGAAGAGAGCAAUUAUACAUGAUUGUAUCUGAGGAUCAUCCCGAUUAUCCUGAGUCUCGUUGUGUGGCACUGUCUGAUGUCUACGCCUCUUACAGUAUGCUUCCAAGAUGGGCCAUCUCCGACUGCCUCCGGAACUUCUGCUUCUGGUGAUGAAGCACGUCAACCACGGCGAAAAAUAUGAAGCCGCGCAGAACUCGCUCCGCAAUGCCAUACUGGUCAACCACGAAUGGGCUGAAGCUGGUACUCACAUACUAUGGCAGAGUGUACCAGUACCGAUGUUGGCCCGUGUAUCAGAAGAUCGGAGACAGUAUUAUGCAAACAAGAUGACUGAGCUCUUCAUCGAGAACGAAGAGGAAUCAAAGUACCACGAGAUUUUCAAGGAUCUCAUAUUUCCGCGCUUGAAAACUGCAUACAUCGACAGGAUCAAGCUCAAACGAGGGGAGAAGGUACACCUCACCCAGUACAUGCAACCACGGCUGAAAAACUUCCACUUCCGGGGAGGUGCUUUGUGCGAAAAUGCUCUUGCAACUCUAGGAUCAAAUUGCCCCCACCUCGAGGAAGUUUCUCUAGAAGAGCCGAUUGACGGUUCUGGCGAGGACCGCUAUCUUCAGCUCUUUACAGGUUGCAAAGCGUUGGAGCUCAUCGACCUCGGCGAUGGCUGGGCGGGCUCAAUCACCCCCGAACUGUUCGCAGGGUUGGCCGGUCACGAGCAACUUGUCAAAAUCGAGAUCAAACCCCUCAUUUCAGACUCUACAAUUCUCGGAGGUCUUCGUAUGGUUUCCAACCCUUUCAGUAAUAUCCAGUCGCUUCACUUGACUCUGAAAUCGGUGUCUGUUGCACGUUUGGCAUCAGCUGCUCCAUCCGUACGCACACUGUUCCUCGUUAUUGAAGACUCUGAACACGAUGCCCUUGCGUCUCUCGCACUGAUGACAAGUUUGGUGCACCUCGAAUUGACUUAUCUCGAUGAAACAGAACUUUCACCAGAGGGAUUUCAUGCCUUGGAGAAGAUGAAGAAUCUCGAAGUCCUCUUGUUGGAGUCGAGAGUAGAGUCACUGUCAGCAAUGUGGUUGGACGAUGCUUCGUUCGCGCAGUUCAUCUCAAAGCUGCCAAAGAUAACCAACUUCGAGUUCAAAGUGGACAGCGACCUCACUGUCUCGGCUCUCACCUCACUCGCCAGCAAGUGCUGACAUUUUGUAGAUCCUCCAAUGCUACAACCGCCGAAAGGGCUACACAAAUCGCCGAUCUCAUACUUCGACACUGCCCGGUGGUCGAACAGCUGAAAUUCCAUGAUUACUAUGAGAACAGGCUUGCAAAGCUUGCACUCAGGGCCUUUGAGUCGAAAGUUGACGGUCAUUUCUGCACACCUAUAUUGACUUCGUUCCGAUCUCUUGAGAAUUCCUCCUUCAUCAAGUUUCACCCAAGCGAGACCAGGAUCUAUUACGAUAGCGACGACGAUCGUUACUAGUUAUCAUGUAGCAUGUGUUCUCAUAUAACGUAGACGUAGCCGCAAAGAAAUUGACCCGGCACCGAACUCCCUCCU